AAAGGUUAAAAAUAAACCAGGAAGUUGGCACAACGCGUGGAUAGAUUGGUUCUUCAUUAUUUUGUUAAUUAUGCACAUACAGAGGACAGAUCUGUACUGCUGUGCAGCUGGUUUACUGGGCAGACAUUGAUAUAUUAAGAUUGUACGGAGAUGCAUAGCGCAAAGGAAAGUUGGGGUAAUCCGGUUUAUAUUCCACCACCUGAUUACGACAACAACAUUAGGAUUGUGAAUCAAAGGGGUCCACAUUGUGCUGAUCAGUUCCCCGACCAGACGCACUACCUGCAUCCAGUGGACAUUGCUUCCAAUUUCAAUCCCAUUGGAUCACACACGCUUUCAGGACAACAUAUUUACGACAAUCUAGCAGAUGUUUUACCAAAGCGGGAAGUCCGAUCCUACCGACCGGUUAUUGUUAUAAUUGUAGUGGUACUUGGUUUGGUAAUUCUUGCAGCAGUCGGCGCGCCUACACUGUAUAUUACGGUAUUCAAACCAGGUGCACAGGAAGGAAAUCCUCCAGUAAAUGGUAUCUGGAAUGACUGGCAGUCAUGGAGUGACUGUUCUGCUACAUGCGGUAACGGUGACAUGACCCGCAAUAGAACCUGCGACAACCCUCCUCCUUCAUUUGGUGGAAACUACUGCGAAGGCACAGCUACAGAAAACCAGAGUUGCAAGCUUACUAACUGCUCUGUUAACGGAAACUGGAGUGUAUGGUUGGCAUGGAGUUCCUGUUCCGUAUCUUGUGACAAUGGUACUAGGAUCCGCAACAGAACAUGUGACCAUCCUGUUCCAGCGUUUGGUGGUGAGGAAUGCGACGGUAUUUAUACGGACAGUGAAGUGUGUAUGAUAAUUCACUGUCCAAUAAAUGGUAAUUGGAGUUCCUGGCGGCCAUGGAGUGACUGUUCUACAACUUGCGGUGGUGGUAUAAAGAAUCGAACAAGGAUUUGUGACAAUCCUGCUCCUGAACACUUGGGCCUGGACUGUGAUGGACAUGGCUUUGAAUCGUCAACUUGUGGUGAAGUGACCUGUCCCCCACCUGGUGUCUGGGGUACCUGGACAGAGUGGGCUGACUGUUCCGUGUCUUGUGGCGUGGGUGUGUCAAGCAGAACAAGAAUAUGUGACAACUCCGCCGGCGGUGAAUGUAUUGGGACUAAUUCAGAAACAAAGUGGUGUCAACACAGGUUCAAAUGUUACGACAGUUGGGGAGACUGGGGUGCAUGCAGCGUUACGUGUGGCAGCGGGAUACAGACUAGGAACAGGACAUGUGAUGGCAAAUUUACCGGACAGGAAUGCGGAUGGAAUCCUCCGACAUUCAGAGAUAAGAAGACUUGUGUAAACCCAGAAACCUGCGACGUUUAUUUUUGCGCUAGUAGAAAUGCGAGUUGCUUCUACAAUCAUCCAAACAGGUGUGACCUAUACAUCGAGUGCGAUGAAAACAAGGUCAUGCACGAGGACAUGUGCAACGUGUUGCUGAGGUUCAAGCUCAGUGUCGACGAUGAAUGUGACGGAUACUGUGACUGGGAGGCCAGUGUACCUUGUUCUUUGUGAUUGACUUCUCGGCGUUAAUAUUCGUGGACAUGUUACAGUGAACAGAGUGGCAGUAUCAUUGAACUGACUGUUCUUUGUGAUACUAAUUUACAAAUGGCUUACGGUUUGAAUUUUAACAUUUUCCGUUAAAUUGUGUUUUUUUGCUAAAAUGUCUGGAACAUGACGCAUUUGCAAAACAUAUCAGAAGGAUAUUAUUGAAGAGAAACAAUGAGGUAACCAUGUCUGUAAUAAUAAAAUAUGUUAAUCACCAUCAGUAGGUUUUAAGCAACAGAAAACAAACGAUGUGACCAUCAUAAAAACGUUACUAUUUUUCGUCGGGGAAUGUCUGAAAACAUACGAAAUGUGUCGAUGGUGUAUGAAAACAAUGAUGACUAUUUUGGUGGUAUAUAAAGACACUGGUGACUAUGACGAAGGACUAUUUACUCCAGUAUUCUUCGAAAAAUAUGCAAUAGUGGAUUUCUGCCAGAAUUUUUUCUUAAAUUAUUACAUUGCUUUCAAUGUGCUGUGUGACACGGUUUAAGGUUUACAAUUUUGUUUAAAUCUUGUAAACUUAGAUUAAACUUAGUGCCCAAUACGCAAAUUAUAGCAAGAUUUCUUUUUAGGAUUGUUCUUUAACAAAUACUGUUUUAUUGAUAUUGUAAAACUCAUAUAUUGUUGACUUUAACUAUCACGUGACGAUGUGUACCUGUUUGUCUUUACUGACAAGGUCCUACUGGCUUUGUCAUUUAUUUGUAAGAUAUAAUGACCGGAUAUUUAAACAAACGUUCUAUGCAUAAUAUCUUCCAGUGUUUCAGCAUAUGAGUCCUAUGUUUGUACUUGUAUCGUAUACUGAAUGAGGAAAAUGGAGAACAUAUUGAUAGUAUAUUAGACGAUUACAAUAUGAGUAUGGUGCCUGAUGAUAAUGGUGACUAUAUUGCUGACGUAGAAGGGCAAUAAGGACUAUGUUGGUCCUUAUUCACAUUUAUAAUCAUGAGGACUGUGUUGUUUGUGUAUUCGGAUAAUGGGGACUCUGUUGUUAGUGUGUUUAAGACUUUGUUGAUGGUGUAUUGUACUAUGUUGAUGGUGUAUUGUACUAUGUUGAUGGUGUAUUGGUACUAUGUUGAUGGUGUAUUGAUACAAUGUUGA